AAACUCCAAAAAAAAAAAAAAUUCAAAAUACACUGCCACCCACCGUGCCCCCGCGCCCCGCGUCCAACCCGUCCCCGGCCUGCGUGCAGUGAGCGCGGGGAGCCCACGGCGAGUGUCUGUGGCUGUGCCAGGCUGCAGAGCUGGACCUGAUGCUGCCAGUCACCCUCCUCUCUGUUCCCAUCCUGAAAAUGGGUACAUGUGCAAGUGGCAGGACGAGAAAGGAAAGUUUAUUUUUUAAAAUCAAUUCUUGAAAAUAUUCUUGUUUAGAAUUUGGGAUGGAGGAAGGUCCUACCUUAUUCUUGUUUGUCCUUUUCUCUUGUAGGACUGGCGCAUCCCUGAUCAGAGUUAUUCUGAUCUGAAGAAUUUGGUGUUUGAAGCAUUAAGAUAAUAGCCUGAGUUGUUCAUGGAGUUUUUCAUCAGUAUGUCUGAAACCAUUAAAUAUAAUGACGACGAUCAUAAAACUCUGUUUCUGAAAACACUAAACGAACAACGCCUGGAAGGAGAAUUCUGUGAUAUCGCCAUUGUGGUCGAAGAUGUGAAAUUCCGAGCACACAGGUGUGUUCUUGCCGCCUGCAGCACCUACUUUAAAAAGCUUUUCAAGAAGCUUGAGGUUGAUAGCUCUUCGGUAAUAGAAAUAGAUUUUCUUCGUUCUGAUAUAUUCGAAGAGGUCCUGAACUACAUGUACACAGCAAAGAUUUCUGUGAAAAAAGAAGAUGUCAACCUAAUGAUGUCAUCGGGUCAGAUUCUUGGUAUCCGGUUUUUGGAUAAACUCUGUACUCAGAAGCGUGAUGUCUCCAGUCCCGAUGAAAACAACGGCCAGUCAAAGAGUAAGUAUUGCCUCAAAAUAAAUCGCCCCAUUGGAGAUGCUGCUGACACUCAGGAUGAUGACGUGGAAGAAAUUGGAGACCAGGAUGACAGUCCUUCCGAUGACACGGUAGAAGGCACCCCCCCGAGUCAGGAGGACGGCAAGUCGCCGACGACAACGCUCAGGGUUCAGGAAGCAAUCUUAAAAGAGCUGGGGAGUGAGGAAGUCCGGAAGGUAAAUUGCUACGGGCAGGAGGUAGAAUCCAUGGAGACCCCGGAAUCGAAAGAUUUGGGGUCCCAGACCCCUCAAGCCUUAACAUUUAACGACGGAAUGAGUGAAGUGAAGGAUGAACAGACGCCAGGCUGGACGACAGCCGCCAGUGACAUGAAGUUCGAGUACUUACUCUAUGGCCACCAUCGGGAGCAGAUAGCCUGCCAGGCGUGCGGUAAGACAUUCUCCGACGAAGGCAGGUUGAGGAAGCAUGAGAAACUCCACACGGCAGACAGGCCGUUUGUCUGUGAAAUGUGCACAAAAGGUUUUACCACACAGGCCCACCUGAAAGAACACCUAAAAAUCCACACAGGGUACAAACCCUACAGUUGCGAGGUGUGUGGAAAAUCAUUCAUCCGCGCCCCAGACUUAAAGAAGCACGAGAGAGUUCACAGUAACGAGAGACCUUUUGCGUGCCACAUGUGUGACAAAGCCUUCAAACACAAGUCCCACCUCAAAGACCACGAACGAAGACACAGAGGGGAGAAGCCCUUUGUAUGUGGCUCUUGCACCAAGGCAUUUGCCAAGGCGUCUGAUCUGAAAAGGCACGAGAACAAUAUGCACAGUGAAAGGAAGCAGGUGACCCCCAGUGCCAUCCAGAGUGAGACAGAACAGUUGCAGGCAGCAGCGAUGGCCGCUGAAGCCGAGCAGCAGUUGGAAACGAUAGCCUGUAGCUAGAGGUGAUGGGACAGGACCCCGCUUCGCCUGAGCCCUGGAGACUGAGACCGCAUUGUUCGUCGUACAUGAACGCCAGUCGCUGUAUUUUUGUGGAAACUUACAGAGCAUUGUGCUCGCUGGACUUAAGGCAGUGCUUGGUUAGGUAGUUUUAAAACUUUGCAAGGAAGUAAGGUUCCUUGGUUCCGACCAAACAGUGUCACUGUCCUGUCUGGUGUCUGGUGGUAAUGUCGCCAGUAAGUCCCCCUCCCUCUUUUUUACGAUUUUAAUUUGAGAACUCCUGUGUCCAGUUCAGAAGUAGGAGACUUCUGUUCCAUUUUUAAUUCCUCUCAACACUUGCUGCGCUGGUGAGUGUAUUGCACAGAGUGAUAAUUAAGUAAAUUGAUUUCCUGAUCAUCACGCUUAUUUGUGACUUCACAGUCAAAACAGCCUUUUUAAUAACUUAAUAAGAGUACUUCAUGUAGAUGCAGAAAAUACUGGUGGGUGGUUGACCAAGAACACCGCGUGGAUACGAACACAAGUUCCAGAAGUGCAGAAUGGCAUUAGAUUUGUAUUCGGUUUGUUAAUUUUAUAUCACUGGUUUUCACUAUUUUUGUGGACAAAUGAUGGUUGCUUUGCUAAAAUGUUUCUUCAUUUUGAUUGCCCGCACUUCCCCCAAAAGAUGUAGUCACAAGUCCCGAACACAAGGCUGAGCAAACCCACAGGGAUGAUGGUAGUCUGGGGGCUGAGUUCUUUUUGUUCCUCUCUUUUGGGGCAUUGUCACUCGGUGGCAGAUGCGGUUUGUGGGGUAGACCAGUUAUUAGAGGGAUAGCAAAGGGGGAAUAGGAACCUGCUCUCAGGGACAAGGUUUUCAUGUUUGCAACAAUUCCAAGAUUUUCUAGAUCAAAAUAAUUCUCAAUUGAUUUUUGAACUUGGAUUUUUACUUAGGAUCAAAUUAGGACAAGAACAGGUAUGCUUCUUCGGAUACAUGUGUGUCACUUAAGAGAAUGUCAUCAAGCGUUUGGGCUCUCUGCAGCACGUGAUUUAUAGGAGAUGUAAUAUCGUUACUUAAAUUAAUAAAUUGAAAAUCUUUUAAGUGUGUAAAUAGUGUAGAAGUGUUGGUCUUAAUGUAUUUCAAGUAAAAGUAGACAGCUGCACUUUUUUUUUUUUUUUGCACAUUGGAUUAAAAUAACUUUCAUAAGCAGCAAACAUCAGUCUCUUUUUUAACCAAUAUUAAAGACUAUCAGACCAAAUUUUUAUUUUUUUGAAGUAUAUUUCAUCAUUGGUGGUUAUAGUUUUAAGUAGAAUUUGGUUGCCAUUUCAUAGUCAUAAACAGAAUUAUAAACACUGUUCCAGUUUUGGUGUAUGCAAACUUUUUUUUUACCCAUUUCUUUAGGAAUAUAUUGAAAUGCCAAAAUAGUUUGAAUUAUGUUCUGUAAUAAAGUAUUAGUCAAUUAUUUUAGAAUGUACAAUUUUAGGAAAAUGUCAUUUUUCAAAGUUUAUUUUUGAUUCCUAGAACUUUUUUCCUCAAGAUACAUUAAAGUAAUUUCAUUUCAUACUUGUUGCAUUAACACCUGUAAUUGCUGUUACAGGAGAAAUUUCAUUUUUUCACUUGAUGCAUAUGUUGUGCCCAAGAUCAUAGGAUGGAGAUGCUACCUUUUAAAGAAAGUUAUUUAUUGGUAAAAUGUUUAGUUUAAAAUUAAUUUAAUCUUCUUUCUUAAAAGUCGUUUAUUCUGUCCUCAAAGUAGUCUUGUCACUGUGUUUCUAUGCUGUUAGUGGAAGGGGAACUGAUUGGCGCUCCUUGGCUGUUUUAACCAAAGCAGAGGAAAAAUAAUUUAACGUCUUGUCGAUAGCUACUACAACAAACCAUUUUUGGGGGCUUCAUUUUUGUAUAUAAAAGAAAAUAUACUUCUGUUA